AACAAACUAAGUAAUACCAGUGAAUGCUUCAUACUACUAUCUCUUCGAUUCCCGAAGCAAAAGAAGAAUACAUCGGUUCUUCCUUGAUCGAAAGAACAGGUAGGCUCUAUACCUUUUAUGACUUGGGACCAGCCGAUUUGUGUAAUAUCCACAAACAAUCGGUCAACUCAAAAACAGAGGUCGGCACCUUUCUCUAUUUCACGGGGAUUGAUACGUCCAAUUCAGCCUCCAUUGCUGCCCAGCUUCAAACCUUGGCUAACUUGAUCACUUCCAAAUCUCAAUACUGGUUUGGCGAAAAGAAACACUGGAAGGUACCUGAGUUGACAUACUGCAGCUAUAAUGCAUUCUCGAAGGUCGACAUGAGAGUCACCGUCCAUAUUCCUGGGAAGUUUGAGAAUCAAAUUGUCAGUAACGACGGUAAGUUGUUGAACCACAACAGUGACGACGAGGUCAAUCGUUUCUGGUUGGAAACGUUUGUUAGCUCCAUAGUGAGGUCAUUGGUCGACGGUGACGAAGAUGACUCCAACAAGAUUGGUGGUCUUGUGGAGGUCAGAAAGCAGAAUCCGUUUGGGUCUACCACAGUUCUUGAUAACUUCUUGGACGGUUUCGAGACCUUGUUCUUUGAUGGGCCUAAGUUGGGAUGCAACGUCGAGAUUCCUCAGCCCACCUUGAUCUACAACUACUUGGUCGAUGGGUUCGUGAAGUGUGUGGAAUUGACGCAGUGUUAUGAUAAAGCGUUGGAAAUUUUAUGGAGAUUGUACGCCAAUGAGUCAGGUGUCAUUAGCUUGAUCGCCAAAAUAUACUUGUUGAAAGAUGAGGAGAUCAAGGCGGUUCAGAUCAUGAACGAAGGUAUCACCAAGAAUGAGAGAGACUCGGACUUGUUGUUGCUCCAAGCCCAAUUCUGUAUCGAUAAAAAGAGAUACGAUAUUGCUUUACACUUGGCCAGACAAGCAGUCAAAUCCUCACCGGCCGAUUUCAAGUCCUGGUCGAUGUUGGUGAGAGUCUACACAAAGUUAAACGACUUUGAAAAUGCCUUAUUGACGUUAAACUCGUGUCCGAUGAACUCACAUAAAGAGAAGUAUACCUUGAAAAGAGUGGUUCCUUUGAAAGGCAACGAUGAUCUCCACUUGCCCUCGCCUGUUGAUGUUGUGUUGGACGAAGUAUCCAACUUGCAAAUAAACGAAGUCACGUAUGAACAGAGAAAUUUGGAUCCGCAGUUGUCAAACCUCCCGGCUGCUAAUUUGAAGUCGACAUUCGCAAAGGCCUAUGACUUGUUGACCGAUAUCGUUGUGAAAACCGGCUGGGAAUCGUUGUUGAAGUACAGAGCCAAGGUGUUUGUAAUGGAAGAGGAGUACAGAAAGGACAAGUCCAGUAGUGCCCAAGUUGUCAACGGCCAAAAGAAUGGUGACCACAAAAGAAACGGAUCUUCCUCCUCGCGCUUGAACGUCGAUACCAACGAAACCGAGGAUGUUUCUUCCACCAUUGCUGUGAAGUCACCAAAAGCUCUGCUCGGUGAAGAUAAUAGUUCGGCUGUCACAUUGGACCAGAAUGAAGAUGCUGAAAACCUCGAAACGGAAUUUAGAAAAAAGAGAUUAUGUGAAAGAUGGUUGGACAAUUUAUUCAUGUUGUUAUACGAAGAUUUGAGAGCCUACACCAUGUGGCAAGCAGAAUAUGUACAUUUCCAAGCCCAACAAAUGGAGUACAAGAAAACGACCUUGGAAUGGGAGAUUUUGGGAACCAUAGCCUUCAGAUUAAAACACUAUAAAGAGGGCUCUAUUGCGUUUGCCAACGCUCUAAGUGGCCGGUUCUCUGCUAGGUCUACCAGGGAGAUGUUGAGAUAUUACCAGAUAGAAAGAACCAAAACCUUGUUGAAGAACUCCAUGAACCAGUCGCAAGUGCAAUUGAAUUCUCACCCACUGAACCCAAGCAAACAAGUUAAUCAACUAAACGAAAAAAUUUUGGAAUGCUGUAUCAAACUAUUCGUGUGGAAUCACCGGUGGUACUGUGACUUCUCUCCCUCUUUGGUCUUAAGCUUGAAUGACUUGGUUUCCAAAGAUGGGUUGAUUAAAAUCCAAUCUUUAAUUCAAGCAGUCUACUCAAACAACAUCAACAAUAAAGAUUCCGCGUCUUUAGCUGCUAACCAUGGAAUUACCGAUAUGAUGGAAGAUAUCUACCGUUUCCAGAAACUAUACAAUAUCAAUGGGUCUGAUAAUUAACUUUUAUAGUCAAAAUAAUAUUUCUUUUAGACUUGUUCA